AUGGCGGCCGGGGGUCUCGUCCAGGAGCUGUGCGAGGAAGCCUCUUGCUCCGUCUGCCUGGACUACUUCAGGGACCCGGUGACCAUUGCAGAGUGCGGCCACAACUUUUGCCGCGCCUGCCUGACCCGCAGCUGGGGGGCGUCUAGGGCAGAAACGUCCUGCCCCCAGUGCAGAGGGAGAGCGCAGGAAGGGACCCUCCGGCCCAACCAGCAGCUGGCCAACUUUGUCCAAAUAGCCAAAAAAUUCACCCUUCAGGAGGGAAAGGAGGCAGGUGGGAAGGGGGGAGAAGGGAAGAGGGGCGUCUGCGAGAAGCACCAAGAGCUCCUGAAGUUUUUCUGCAAGGAGGACGUCGCCCUCCUCUGCGGGGUCUGCGGCAGAUCCGAGGAGCACCAAGACCACCAGGUGGUUCCUCUGGAGGAGGCUUUCCUGGAAAACAGGGCAACCGUGGCUGCUGGAAGAGGGAGAGUUUGCCAGAAGCACCAGGAGCCGCUGAAGCUCUUCUGCAAGGACGACAAAGCCCUCAUCUGUGUGGUCUGUGACCGAUCCAAGGAGCACAGAAAUCAUGAAACCCUUCCUCUUGAGGAGGCCUCCCAGGAGUACAAGGAUCAGUUCUGCAACUGUCUGGAGAGGCUGAAGAAGGAGAGAAAAAGAAUUGUGGCAUGUAAAGCAGGCGUAUUAAAGGAAAGCCAAGACUUGCUCAAGCAAACCACAGGAGAGAAGCAAGAGACGGUAGCCAAGUUCAGGCAACUACACUCAUUUCUGGAGGAACAAGAGAAACUUCUUCUGGCCCAGAUGGAAGAGGUGGAGAAGGAGGUGGCAAGAAACAGGGUCCAGCACCUGGUCAAACUCUCUGAGGCUCUUUCCUCUCUGGACAACCUCAUCCAGGAGAUGGAGGAGAAGAGUCAGCAGCCGGCCAGUGAACUCCUGCAGGAUGCCAGAUGCACCUUGCAGAGGUACAAAAAAAGGGAGGUGUUUGAGGAUCCAGUGGCUUUUCCCCUUGCACAGAAGUGGCGCAUCUGGGACUUCUCCGAUCUAAAUCUAUUUUUGGAGGGUAUCAAGAAGCAAUUCAAAGACACUCUGGAUUCUGGAUUUUACUUGCAGAAAGCAUGUGUGACUCUGGAUCCAGACACGGCCCAUCCCGGACUCCUCCUGUCUGAGGACUGGAAAAGCGUGAGAGAUGGAGAAAAAGCUCAAUCUCUGCCCAGCAACCCUGAGAGAUUUUCCACAUAUACUGCUGUGCUGGGCCGUGAGGGAUUCACAGCAGGCCGCCAUUUCUGGGAAGUCCUUGUGGGAAGUGAGGAAAGAUGGGCUGUGGGGGUGGCCAGAGAGUCCGUGAGGAGGAAGGGAAGGAUCACCUUUGGUCCCGAGAGAGGGAUCUGGGCUGUGGGGAAGUGGUGUGGGCACUACAGGGCUUCCAUAAAAGGACAAUACCAUCCCCUGUCCCUGACCAGGGAGCCCAAGAGGAUUCGAGUCUGCCUGAACUACGCUGGGGGCCGAGUGGCCUUUUUCGACGCUGACCGAGGAGCCCUGAUCCACGAGUUCUCCGGAGCCUCCUUCUCUGGAGAGACCCUCCUGCCCUUCUUUUGGGUGAAUUCAAAAGCCCACCUCAAGCUCUCUUCUUCUUAA